AUGAGGACAACUGUAAGUUCUAUAUCUUGUUGCAUUCACAGUUACGAUCCGAACAUCAAAGCCAUUGGCAACACUGUCGACAACGUUGAAAGGAAGAAGAAAUCUGGAGGAUCGAGACCCAUAGACAAACCCCUGAAUACAACUUCAUCUAGUAAAAAUAUUUCAUGGGACAAAAGGGAACUUAAAAAUUUAGAACUAACUCCUGAAGAGCUGAUAUAUUUUUCAAGUGAACGUGAAAAAAGUGAAAGAUUUAUAGAUCAAGAAAGUAACAUUUCGAUUGACGAAACGCUAGACGCUGAAUUUAUCAACAACGUUUUUGAACCAGCUGCUAGUCAGAUUGAAACUGAGCAAAAUAAGCUGAAUAUUAAUUUAUCUAAUGAAACGCUAGAAAAUUUGUUAAUAAGUUCUGCUCAGAACUACACUGAAAACAGGAAAAAAAAUAAAAAAGUAGACAUAUCUGAUAAUAUUCUUUUUAGAAAGUCUACUUUUGAUGCGCGUACUAAAAGGAAAAAUAGUUUUUCAAGUAAUUCCAUUGAUUUUGUUAAACAUUCCAUUAAUCAAAAAAAGAGUCGUUUCAAAAGACAGGCUCAACCAAUCACAAUCGAGCAAACAACAAUUUUUGAGACGAAAAUUGGGAGGUGGCGAUGUCUAGCUGCUGGAGCCGCGCCCACAAAUUGGAUAAAUCCAAAAUUUGAUGACAAACAUUGGCCUCUUGCUACCAAAACUUUUUAUAGAAUUAUUGCCAGUAACACUGAUUGUGCGUUCUUCAACGAACUCCCGUGCUCUAAUCAACUGCCCCGAGUAGCACUCUGGGCCUGGGCUUUUACCGAGAGACCUAAUAAUCAAGAAAAAAGUAGAAUAGCCGAGAACACUUACUGUCGUUUGAACAGCUCGUGCUGUCAUUCAACUGUUAAAAACUUUAGAGAUAAAAAAUAUUUUCAACCAUCUCGUUUUUCAAGUGUCACAAAUUUCAAUUGUGGUUAUUGCAACCAGAAAUGUCAGAAUUAUGAUUGUGACAACAGUUGCCGUGUGAACCCAGGCAACAACUGCAGUAGGAAUUGUUUUAAAAAACACAUACCAUUACAUUGCAACCCACCCCAGCGCCAAAAAAAGAAAGUGAGUUAUUACCACAUACCCAUUGAAAUAUGUAUACCUCGAAAAGAAAGCUGUUGCCAAGUUAUUCAACAGCCAAAACUGCAAGUUGCUGACUGUGACGAUUGUAGAGAUUGUUGCUAUGUGUGCCUUGGAAAUUCUCGCACUUCUCAACUUGAAGUGCCGUGCUCUCAAAAAGCACCUAGCUUGAAUUCUUCCUGUUCCGUUGGCAAACCUUCCUAUCUUACGUGCAUUCCAAGUGUUACUAAUGGCUCUUAUCAACCUUGUUUAGAAACAAGUUUAUCACAAAACCUAACUGUUACAUGUUUACCAUCAAAUGCCACAAACUGUUAUCAAUUUUGUUUGGAAACGAACCUGCCACCAAGCCCACCUCCAGAAUUGUGCCAGUUAUUUUCUCAUCAACCAGAAAAUUUUGGCAAACCUUCAUAUCUCACUUGCAUUCCAAGUGUUACUGAGAGCUCUUAUCAACCUUGCUUAAAAACAAGUUUAUCACAAAGCUCAACUGUUACAUGUUUGCCAUCAAAUGCCACAAAUUGUUAUCAAUUGUGUUUGAAUACGAAUCAGUCACCAAGUCCAACAUCAGAAAUGGGCCAGUUAUUUCCUCAUCAACCAGAAAAUUUUACUUGCGGCAGAAGAUUUCGAUGCUGCAAAAAUUUGUUACCUCCAACAGGUUCCAAAAAUUGUAGCAGUUUAUCUUUGGCUUUUUAUAGACCAUGGUUUAACAAAGACCUUGCUAAAAGAAACAGACUGUCGUCUCAAUGCUCUGCAGAAAGUCACAGUAGUAAAAGUAGCUGGUCAAGGAAGGUAGAUGACACGAAAAGUGAAAAAUCUCGGGCCUCAAAAUCUUCGUCAGCUAAGAAAAGUUCUAAACCUAAAGGUUCAAAAGCUUCAAAAGGUGAUUUAAUAAUUUGUUAA